GUCAGAGGCUUCAGUACCAUGGCAACUGUGGCCUUGGCUGCAUCAGUGUGUCAGAAAACACCCGCUUUGAGUGAGUGAUUGGGGAGUGGGGGGCAAGCAGGAGUCUGCCACGCCACGACACGACACGACAGGCCACGCACCACACGACACCACACCACAGAUGCACACAAGAGCCCCCUGACUGUCACACGGAGUUGCCUCAUGUAUGUAUCUGUGUGUGUGUGUGUGUGUGUGUACGACUAAGCUGCUCACAUUCAUCCAUCCAUCCACUCAUCUAUAUAGGAGACCAAGGGGAGAAAGAGAGAGAAGAAAGAAAGCAACGGAAGAGCAAGGGCGGCCACCCACCCACCCACACGUGGGGGACUCGUGGGGGGGGAGGGAGAGACCGCUCUACGGGCUGGCUGAAUGGCUGGGCUGAAUGAAUGGGUCGCUCGGAUAAAUCAAUACUCGUGUGGCGUGUGUAUAAACUCACCCGGCCACCAAUCUCUCCAAACGGGCCGGCCGCACCGCGCCGCACCCAUCCCGUCCUGUCCCAUGUCAGCCAGGCACACUGCAUACAUUUCAUUUCAUGUGUGCACACGAAAGGCACGGCACGGCAUGGCACGGAAUAAUGCACCAACACGCUUCCUUUUGUCAUGUCGCUGUGUCGAAUUGUCUGUCACACGCAUGCAUGCAUGCAUGCGUAUGCAUGCGGGCGGGCAUGAUAGAUAUGUUGUGUGCGUAUGUGGCUCCCCAGAUUGCUCGCGCGUGUCCCUCCCUGCUCUUCGCGGGGUCUUUCUUUCUGCGUGCCCAUCCCUUCCCCUGCCCCACAGCACCUCACUAGAGAAAUGGACAGAGAAAGAAAUAAAGAGACAGGCAGGGGUCUUGACGAUAGACAGACAUACAGACCCACUAGAGCCACGGGCGUGUACAUGUGUGUCUACAUGUGUGUGUGUGUAUACAUAUUGAUUGCAGAAGGCGAGAAAGAGGGUGGGUGGGUCAUGAUCAUGGUGCACUAGAUAGAUUGCUGAUCUGAUGAAUGAUGCCUGGCUGUGUAGAUGGAUGGAUGGAUGGAUGGCUGGACGGGUAAGUAAGAAGGGCGGUCCGGUCGGCCAUGACCGCAGGCAGGUAAAUGAUGCGAAGGAAGGAAAGCCAUCACAAUGAAUGCCGACGGCCACACAACAUGCAUGUAUGUAACGUGGAAUAGUUCGUGUCACCCCUCCCACCCCACCCCACCCCCCGUCUCUCCUUUACUGCAUGCACUACGCCCCGGACGCAUACACAGACCAACCAAGAAUUGAGCAUUCCUCCCCACUCCCACCCUCCACCCACAUCCACACCCACACACCCACGACAUAUCGUCACACAGCACCCACCCCCUACCCUACCCCCCCACACAAACAAAAGUCAGUCAGCUGUCGAUUGUCAGCAGUCAGGUAUAGAGACAGACAGACAGACAGAAAGACAGACAGAGUAUGUAUUAGGGAGCAUAUAGUUGCUUACGUACGCACCGUAUGCACCGUAUAUAUGCACUCUCUUCUCUGCUCGCGUGUGUGUGCUGUGCUCCCACACAAGCAUUUAGUAGGGCAACACACACACAGACAGAAAGAGAGAGAGAUUGACUGACCAACACACUCACACUCACUCACUCACUCCCACCACACCACACACCGCUAGUACGCCAUCAAGACAGCAAGAAAACAAGACAUCAAUCAACACGUCUGUCAUCACAUAAAUGCCAUGGGAGGGAGGGAAGGAAGGAGGUACAAGCAAGUGUAUUGCGGCACUCACUGACUGUGUUGCUGGUGGUGCAUAUAUUGUGUUGGGUGGAGAGAGAGACACCCCACUGUGUCGACCGACUUGCCCGACCGAGCGGCCAGGCCCAUAGACACACACGGACGGGUGGGCAAAGAAAAGCUCCGCAACCGCCCGCAUUGUGCACGUCGGCCUUUCUGCCUGCCUGCCUGCCUGCCUGCCCGCCCGCCCCUUUAUCUGUCCAUCCCUGCCCUGCCCUGCCCUGCACAACCAUGGUGCGUGCGGUGCGCUUGACCCCUCCAAUAAGUCACAUAGCAUUGUAAGCAUUGAUUGCACCACCCCCCCCCACCCCAGAUGGUUGGUUGGUCGGCUGGCCGCGAAUUACACUACUACGGAGAGACCUCGAUGUUUCCCCGGUCCUCCUCGGCCCAGCCGCCCUGAUCGUUGUCCUUGACAGGCGAGUCGGCGCACUGCGCCGCCGGCCGGGUCGACGGCGACCGGCCGCUCGACGACGCGGCCGAUGGCGGUCUUGGGCUGAGUAUGGCGGGCUUGGCGCGGGAGGAUGGGGGAAAUGACACGGGGGUGCCUUGCAGGGGCCGGGGGGAGAGGGCCACUGACUCGGGGAGGAACUGAUGGCCAAUCAGGAGACAUCCGCAACCCGUGUUCAGUGCGAGCAGGUGCUGGUUGGCAAUCAAGCUCUCCUCCUCUUGCUCUGAUACUACUGAUACUUGUCUGGUUUGGUUCUUUCUGUUUUCUCUGUUCCUCACUUGUUUCCGGCUCCCCAAGCCCACGCCGCCCCGCCUCUCGAGAGCGAUGUCCAGAUACGUGUCCACCGCACGCUCAGUCACCGGCGUCAAAGACGCCCUCUCGGCCGCAGCAGCAGCCGCUGCAGCCUCCCCAUUGCUGCCACCAUCGGCGACAGUAGAGGGGCUGAAGGCGCCCCCUCGCACCCCAAUCAUCAGGGGCGCCCUCCUGCUCGAUCGUGAGCUGAAGCUGCCCUCGGUGACCGGUUGGUCGGUCGCCGACCCGUUGCAGUGCUGCGACCGGGAUGAGCCUGAGUGAGGGGGGGACGACGGCGAACUCGCCGCUGAAGGGAGGGACGUGGUGGACGGCGGCGGCACCCCGACCGGCAGCGCCCCCUGCCCCACACCGACAGCGUGCCGCUUAUUCCUGUCAUCCCCCGUGUCUUCGGAUGCUGUGAGCGUGGAGAGGUCCUUGGCGGGGUCGGGAGGUCCUCCUCCACGGACGCUCUCGUCGCCACCGGGUGUCCAGGGGGUGCUGGCGCCGCUGUGGUCGCCCAUUGGAUUUGGCGGCCUGUCGCGCUGCUCGCCGCCCUGCGGCCGCAUCUGUGGUGAGGAGGGGGACAGAGGGCCGCGAGAUGGAGGCAGGUGGAUGGGGGCGCCGGCCUGGAACGGACUCCACCGCCUGCAGACAGAAAGAAUCAGCGGGCGUAUGUGAGUGGAUGUGAGUGGAUGUGGUGUGUGAUGGAUAUUCGUGGGUCAAAGUGUGUGUGGUGCAUCAAUCAUACCGACCUUGGGAGGCGGGCGAGGAGUGGGUCGGCUGCGAUGGGCGCUUCGAGACUCGCCUGGAUCGAGUUGAUGUGCUCCUUAAUAGCUGAGCGUGACACACACACACACACACAUGAUUUGACUGACGUGUGUCACGGACCAGCCCUCAGCCCAUUCUCCCUCCCAGCCGUCUGCACACACACACAUACCGUAUCUGAAGUGCUGCAGCUGCGUCGCGUCCGGCGGAGGCGCCUUGUUCUGCAACUUAACCUGAAGGAGGGAUGUAUGUGUGUGGUGGACCACACACAGACACGGAUGCCUCUUAGCUCUCAUCCACCCACAUUCACACCCACACCCACCCACACGCAUCCGUACCUUGACGUUGGAUAUGGCCCUGAGCCACAGCUUCCGCUCAGACAUGGUGCGGGAGGAAAAAUGCUGUGCCUCGAUGCAGAAACAGCUGACCAAACAAACAGGCGAUCCACACAGACACAUACAGGUGGUGUUGCGUUGCGGUGUUCCUUCCUCUCGUCUCUCUCCGUGUUACCCACCUGCAGUUGAGCCCCGGCAUCUCGCAGGCCAGGGAGUUUUCGUUGAGACUCAGCUCGGCCAGCUGCACCUCACAGUACUCAUUCUCGUACAACCUGAUGGAUGUGCAGCCAGUGGAUGGCCACACACACAGCACAGCACAGCACAGCCCGGCCGUUUUGGUCAGUCUUCUGUGAAAGACAGACACACAGGUAUGUAUGUUAUGUAGCGUACCUGACGACGGCGUGCGAGUCCUUGUGUGAGUGUAGUUCACAGUAAAUGACCGACACGGUGUUGCGGCUGCCCACGGGGCCGGGCGUCUGGCAACUGACGCCGUCGUCACGCACUAGAUAACCCGCCAGCAAACGAGUAGCUGACACAAACACAACACAACACGACAGAUAGCAGGGUGGAUGGAUGGAUGGAUGGUCUCAUUCAUUUCGAGUGCAGUGCAGCUUAGCGUACUGGUUGAGGCCUUCUUUUCGAUGGGCUCGCAUCUGAGCCUGAACCUGGGGAAGAGGCUCUGGGUGAUGGUGCGCAGCACGUGGCUGAUGUGGGACACCCAGUCGUUGCGGCUGUCUUCGUCACCAGUAGCAAAAUAGUAGUUCACCCCUUCACACACACACACACACACACACAAUAGACCGACACCGACAAUCACAGAGAGUGUUCAGACGUCUGUCUGGGUGUGGACGGACCCACCGUGUGAGAAGAGGGAUAUUUUGAAGACCCUGAGUUGGCUGAGCAGCUGGUUGCCGCCGCUGGUGUUGGGGUCGGACACCUUGCAGUUGCGCACGACGCAAAAGGGCGAGAAGGCCACGUUGAUCUCCCUCUCGCCGGACACGAACCCGAAGCCGUUGAUGAACAGGGCAAACUGCACCUGCUCCAUGUGCUGCUCAGAUGUGAUAUACCACAGCUGCCCCUCCUUGAUCGGCACGCCACGCAGGGGCUGGUCCAGCGCCGCCGAGAAGCAGAGGAAGUCGGGGGCGAGGUGCGGGCGGGACGCCCGGAGGGACUCCUCGACGUCUUGGUCAUCGUCUUCAUCUCCUGCGAACUCCAGGCCGACGCCUGGCCCGUAGGCUUGAAUAUUCUUCAUCCCACAGAGACACCUGCACUCACACAGACCGGGGGAAGGGGGAGAGGGAGGGAGAGGACGGCAGAGGGAGGGAGGGAGAGGGAGUUAACAGUACAGUAGAAACCGGUAACAAGGGCAGAUCUGGGCUCGCUUGUGCUGGCUGCCGUGUUGUGCCGUGUCGUUGCAUCUCACUUCCACAUCCGUAGCGCGUCGUCCUGUGCGGGUUGGGUUAAGGAGGAACGCUUACGUCCUCACACUGCUAUCUGCAGCGCACGAGCCUCAUCUGCUCGCCACAAUCUGCUCCCAGAUUGGUCACCAAUACCACUCGGAGCUAUUCUUCACCUGAACCCCCUUUGGC